CUCUCUCUCUCUCUCUCUCUCUCUUCAGACACUCUGCCACACUCUUUCCUUCUAAGUCCUGUCCUCACCAGCUCUUUUCUUUCUCCUCCGCACACACAUCCCUACAUCACUCACAGUUCCAUUAGCCUCACUCUACUCUCUUUCCCUCCCUCCCUUCCUGCUCUCUCUGUCUGUCCUCCUUUCUUUCUUUCUUUUUUUUUGGUCUUCUGCCUUUAGUGUUCUGCGGGAUGGGUUGUGGGAAUUCCACAGCAACCAGCACAGCCGGAGGUCGGCUGGAGGCUGCCAGAGAUGAAACCGAUGAUCCUCUUCCAGAGGAUGAGAAGAGGAAGAACUAUGGAGGAGUCUAUGUGGGCCUACCUGCUGACCUCUGCAAUGUGACUGCAGCCCAAACUCCCUCCAUGCACAAAGGUCUGUCCUGUGGAGCUUCAGAUGAAGAAGUGCUGCGUCGUGACAUCAGCAUGGAAACCACUCACUGACUGAACAGGACACAAUAACCAACACUACAAGCCAAUCAUCUCUUCUCCUUUAUCCUUUAUCGAGGGACUGAUAUAGGACCAGACCAUGUACGGUCAAAGGGCAGGUUGAGAUGCAGAACUGAAUGAAUGGAACCAGGGUUUUUCUCCAGUUACUGAUCCUUGUUUUGAGGAAACCUCAUCUCUAAGCUGAGAUCAGGCUUACUAAAGGCCAAACUAUUUUGUAUCUGAGAGCAAUGCCCUCAUAAGUGGGUUCCACGUGGACAGGGGCUCUGUGUGGGUUUCUACUUGUUUUGUUACUGGGACAACAUUUUUUAAAGAAGGGACCAAACUAAGACAGAUCUAAAUGUAUUUUAACUUAAUGUAUAUUGAAGGAUUGAAGUAAUCUGCAUGGAAAGUCCUACCAACUUUGUCUGCGGAUUUCAACCAGGUGCGGCUGACCACCUGAUACACUUAAUUUUGAACCGUCUGGGUUCUCCUGUGUUGGAUAUAUACUUAAUUUCUUCAGGACUUCACCAUCCCAUACACUGCCUGCCUCCGCCUGGGUAAUAUAGGGUGUUUUCACUGCCACUGCUUUCUUCAGGGGAAAACAAACUUUGUAACUAGGACAGAGUCGACACACUUCAACUUCAGGUCACCAUGUGCACUCAGCUCUCCCUUGUGGAAUUGUAGACACUGUGUGUUUAAGUGUGUGUUUGAGAGUGAGAUAAAAAGGAAAGUGAAAGUUUGGCUUAGAGUGAAAGUGAUGAACAGAGUUGAGAGUGGAUUCACAUGAGCUUUCUGAAAAGGGUCACCAAGUGUCAUCUCUGCUUCACUCUGAUCUAAAAGGACUCGCCCACAUUCCUCCUCAGUGCUCUUAAAGCAACAGCUCCAUCAACAGCAUCAUUACUUUCAGGUAACAGGGCUAUAGUGUUUUGAUUAGUCAUACGGUUAAAACAUUUUCUUAUGUUGUGUAUUGUUCCAUUUAGAGGUGCAUAAACAAUGUUAGAUCACGUCAAGAAAUGUAUUACUGCCAGAACUCAGUGAGAAACAGUAUUUUAACAUUAUAUGCAGGGCAGUAUCAGCAUUACUCGACAUACUCUGCCCAGCACAUUUUAGAAAAUUCCCUGCUUUAACACACCCACAACAACUACAACUGAAAGGGCUUGAUAAUGUUAAAUAUUAAUUAAAUCAGGUGUGUAGGAACAAGGGAAAGCCAUACAUUUGCAGGACAGGGGGGCAUUAGGACCAGGACCAGGAAUGAGGAACCCUGCUGAGUGAAUUUAUGCAUACUGGAUUAUAAGGCGCACUAUCAAUAAACGUCUAUUUUCUAGUCUAUUUUCAUACAUAAGGCACACUAAAUUAUAAGGCGCUUCAUGCGACACUAGUAAGGAAAAGGGGUGUUACCAAGUUUUCCUUCUAAUUCAGCAGGUUUUGCUGCUGGGUGGAGCCUUAUAGUGUGAAAAAUACAGUACAUAAAAAAGCAUACCAAAUAUUCAAAAAAGUCCAAAAGCUUUUUAAAUCAAACAUUAAAUCUAUGUUACAUACAGACAGACAACAUAAAAGCACAUCAGACACACCAUAUGACUUAACAGUGUCUUGAAGUUGACUUACAUAUUGUAUUUAUGUAUUUGUUUAAUUGGCAUGACGACCAUUUACCAGGCUGCAGGGUUUUCAAACCUUAUCCACAAAGGGCUUAGCUUCUAAACAGCUAGCAACACAUCUGAUUCCAC